AUGGAAAAGUUUUGGCUAUUAACACGGAAAGGAUUGUCCACAGGUCACACACCUCCCCUGCACCUCAAUUUCCGACCCAAACGCGCGCGUCUUCCACACUUGAAGAAUAAGUACUACUCUUCCUCCUUCAGCAAGGGGCUGACCGGGCCAGCCGACGGCACGUCCCAGCUGGAAGCGCCGCCACUCCUUUACGUUCCCCGUUUGCUCAUACUACUCUCCCUCCUCACCGCCAGCGGCCUCCGGUCCCGGGUCCGGCCUGGCGAGAGCGGGCCUGGCGAGGCUCCGAGACGGGUGGCCCCAGGAAGCCAGGCACGGCCGCGCCACACCUCGCACCGGCGACGCGGCGUCGCCUCCGCCCGGCACCGAGGCACAACCACGAGGUGGCCGCACCAGGGGCUCCUACAUGGCAGCCGGGACAGCGGACCCAGACCCCCUACUUCCAACUCACCGCCACGCCGGAAGCAGGAAGACGGAAGCCGCGGCUUUCAUGUCCCGCCCACAGGCCUGCCCCAGCGUGGAUGGGCCCGAGGAAAUCGGGGGGCAGUUUCCGGCGGCGCCAUUGCCGUGCGGGUCCCGGGACCUCGGCCGCGCAGGACGUGGGGUAGGGGGCGGGGCGGCGCCGGUUUCCGGGCAGCGGCAGGUGAGGCCGCGUGGGGCUGGAAGCCAGAGUCCCACGCGGGCGCCUCCUGCCUGGACUACGGGGCGGACGUGGGGGCGCGGGGCCGGGACCCCGAGAGCUCCGUACUGUCGUCUCGGAAAGAAGCGGGGACACGGCCCCCCUUCCCGGCUGGAGCCGCGCCGGUGUGGGGGGCCCGAUGGGUGAGGUCCGUGGCCCUGGGAAACUCGGACCAAGGCCGACGGCAAGAACGUAGUUGGUCCCCACGAACUAACCAAAGUCAGUCAUUAAAGCCUCCCGUAGAGGAGAUGGAGACGCAGCUGGACGGAGGUGGAUCCCCUGAAUCUUGUUCCUAAGGGAAAAUGCAGCCAUACUGUGUGAAGAGGGUUUUUUGUUUUCUUUUACGAGCCUAACUUAUUUCCUACACACAUACACACACACACACACACACACACACAAGAUUGAUACUUGCCUAAAAUAAAUUUGGUAAUUAAACUA